GUGAAAGGAAGUCUCGCGAUGUGAUUUUUGCCUAGCGACUGACAACAGACGGGCUGCUCCAACUGGAAGCCCCAGAGUGACCUGGCCGGCCUGUAAUUGGAGUGAGACCCCAGUCCUAGGCUGGGGUUCUUUCCAUAUAGAGGAGACGGAUUCAGAGGGGCUACAGACCAAGAUUGUUGAAAACCAGACGUAUGAUGAGCGUCUAGACAUUAACGACUCUGAAGAGGUUGCAAGUAUUUAUACUCCCUCCUUAGGGCAGCAAGGACCUCCUCAUUCUGCCCAUCUUCCUAACAAGACUAUGGCCGAUAACAGCAGUGACGAGUAUGAAGAGGAAAAUAACAAGGAGAAGAAGAAGACUUCACAGUUGACAGCUCAGCGAGGCUUUAGUGAAAAUGAUGAUGAUGAUGAUGAUGACGACGAUGACUCAUCUGAAACUGAUUCGGAUUCUGAUGAUGAUGAUGAAGAGCAUGGAGCCCCUCUGGAAGGGGCCUAUGAUCCUGCAGAUUAUGAGCACUUGCCAGUUUCUGCGGAGAUUAAGGAGCUCUUCCAGUACAUCAGUAGGUACACACCUCAGUUGAUUGACCUGGACCACAAACUGAAACCUUUCAUUCCUGAUUUUAUCCCAGCUGUUGGGGAUAUUGAUGCAUUCUUAAAGAUAGUAUUUAUACAGCAUGAUUUACAAGCAUACUCUUUUAAUACUACUGGUAAUGAGCCAGAACUGUCCUUCCUCUUCACCUUAUUUGAACUAGUCCCACGUCCUGAUGGAAAGCCUGACAACCUUGGCCUGUUGGUAUUGGACGAGCCUUCUACAAAGCAGUCGGACCCUACAGUGCUCUCGCUUUGGUUAACAGAGAAUUCCAAACAGCACAACAUCUCGCAACAUAUGAAAGUAAAGAGCCUGGAAGAUGCAGAAAAAAAUCCCAAAGCCAUUGACACAUGGAUUGAGAGCAUCUCUGAGUUACACCGUUCUAAACCCCCUGCGACUGUGCACUAUACCAGGCCUAUGCCCGAUAUUGAUACACUGAUGCAGGAAUGGUCCCCAGAGUUUGAAGAGCUUUUGGGCAAGGUGAGCCUGCCCACUGCAGAGAUUGGUUGUAGCCUGCCAGAGUACAUUGACAUGAUCUGUGCCAUCCUAGACAUCCCUAUCUACAAGAGUCGGAUUCAGUCCCUCCACCUCCUCUUUUCCCUCUACUCUGAAUUCAAGAAUUCACAGGAAAUCUGUUGCACAAGUGUUGAAGGGAGAAAGAGCAGAAGAGAGAAUGGAGGUGGUAUGCACUGCUGGUCCUGGACACAGAAGAGGUGCUGCUGUGGCCAGGUCUUGAAUGGCUGGAGGCCACAGUCCCUUACCCCACGACAACAGCUGCACACAACUGCUACUUCCUUUCUCCCAGCUUCUCAUCUUCCAGUGCCUCCCACUGGCAGAAACCAACAGCUGGCAAGGGAAUCUGGAAAAUAGUUUUUAGGCUUCCCAGCUCAGCUGUACAGAGUAUAGAAAGGAGGGUGUGGGACUGAGAGAGAACAGAUAAACAACCAGCAGCAGUAGAACCUACAGAAGUGGGUGUUAGGGAUGGAGGGAAGGGAAGAAUGCAAGGAUGACUCCUAGGCUUUUUGGCUUGAGCAAGCAACUGGAAUGGACAGUGGAGCGAAGUACUGAUACGGGGGGGAAGUAGGGCAUGAAUUGUUCGGAGGAGAAAAUUACAUUCAAAUGCUAUACUGUUAGCCUAACAUAUACACAAUAAACACGUAGACAGCAGGGGAAGGGGUUUUCUUACAAAGUAUUAAACCAGCUGUGAUGUUCCCGUCAUGCCUGAAUUUGAGAAGCAGGAACAUCUACAUCCCUGAGCUCAGGCCUCACUUUGACACCAUACCAAGCCCAGGGCUCCACUCAGAUGGGUACCAUUAAUGCUCACAUUUAACUCACUGUGAAAGGAGGGAGGCAAAAUGUGAUGGGAACCCAAAGGUUGCAUUAGGUUUUGCAGGGAACAAUCAGGUUGCCUUCUUGGCUAGAGCUGAGACUUGGCACUAAGGCUGCAUGCCUAAGUUAAUGGUUAAGGCACUGCCUCUCCUGACGCAGCACACCCACCCCAGCUGUCAGUGGUCAUCUUUGGAGACAGCUUUCAUCAUGGGCUCUUCGUUCCUUUUCAGCAAUUCAUAGUUACUCCCUCUUGGCCGUUUGCUUGGUGGCCCUAGGAAAAGUCAGUUAAGUUCUGUGACACAAUCCAGCUAUGAAACAGUUAGAAAGCGCUAAUUUACCUUGUAGGUUUUCCUGUGGAUAAAGAUACCUGAAAUGAUGAAGUGCCACAGUAUUUAAGAUAUGAUAAUUAUGUUACUGGAGCCCCGGUGGCGCAGUGGUUAAGAGGCUGGCUGCUGACCAGAGGCUGGCAGUUUGGAUCCACCUUGGAAACCCCGUGGGCCGUUAUGUUCUGUCCAGCAGGGUUGCUAUGAGUCGGAGUUGACACGAUGGCAACAAAUUUUGGUUUUAAUUAUGUUACUAAGAAUAAAUUUCCAACUUGGCCUUUCAGAUUUUCCAUUCGGCUACUUACAUUCUACCCUGAAAGUCUCAUUUUUCAUCAUUUUCCAGUGUGAACUGUGCUCCUGCAAAACUGAUCUGUUUUCUGGGCCGCACGUGACUCAUGAGUUUCCUCUUUGAACUAAGCCUUUAUGCAGGCUGUUUUCCUGGCUUGAAGUGUCCCUCACCUGCUCUGUGAUCCUUGCCUCGCUACACUUCCACAUAAACAAAAAUCGAACACUUGUGUUUACAUCUUCACUCCCUCCUUGAAGCUCACUAAAAGAACACUAUAGGAAUUAAAAAAACAAACCACAAGGACAGAUAAUAGGAAAAGAGAUAACAGUAGACCAGAUAGCAACAAAAUUUUGGAAGAUGGACAAGUGGUAAUGGAUUUAGUGGAGCUGGGUGGGUGGGGACCAUGGGGAAGGGGACCAGGGAAGCCAGUAAGAAGCAAGUCAUUUCAUGCUGUAGAGCCCUGGAAAGGGUCAGGAAUUGAAAGUGCCGGAUACUUCUGAUAGCAAGUGUGUCCGAUGGGACUGAAAGCAGGAGAAUUGACUGGAGGUUUGCGUAGGGAGUGGAUAUCCAGAACCGCUCCCAUCCCGCACCCACCCACCCCUCACUCCUGCAGAAGAUAGCCUUUCAACCAAGGGGGCUCUGCAUGUGGGUAGUCCUAGAAGUCAGGGGCCAUAUUUAUAGGGUUAAAUAAAGACUGAGCGGUGAGACUCUUGGCCCCCUGCCAAGCUUAAACUUUCAGGGUGGAAUAGUCCUCUCCUAGGAAACUGAUCAGCCAAAGAGAGAAGACCCAUAGAUACUGACAGGAAUUCUUCAGGCUAACGUCCGGGUCUCUGCCUGUCUGUGUACUUCCAAUCAGCUUUCUGUUGUCUCGUUCCGUAUGUGUGUGUGUGUAUGUGUGUCUUAUCCUUAAAUAUGAAUGUGGAAAGAUCACCAGAUAUUUGAAGGAAUGUGGAGACUAAAACCAACAGAACAAAGGAACUCAGAGAAACAAAACGGGCAAAAUAAAACUUGGGGGAAAAAUAAGUCUAUGUGUAGAGCAGUAUUUCUCAAACUUGGCUGCACAUUAGAAUCACCUGGAGAUCUUUUAAAAAUUUUCCUCACCAGACCACGUUGCAGACUAAUCAGCCUCUGGAGGUAGGAUACAGGAAUCAGUCAUUUUAAUUAAUUUUUUAAAUUGUGCUUUAGGUGAAAGUUUACGGAGCAAAUUAGUUUCUCAUUAAACAGUUAAUAUACAAGUUGCUUUGUGACAUAUUGGUUGCCAACCUCAUGAUGUGGCAACACUCUCCCCUUCUCCACUCGGGGUUCCCUGUUUCCAUUUGUCCAGUUUUCCUGUCCCUUCCUGCUGUCUCGUCUUUGCUUUGGGGCUGGUGUGCCCAUUAGUCUUGUAUACAUGAUUGAACUACAAAGCACAUCCCUCAUGUGUGUUACUACUGGCCCUAAAGACCUGUCUGAUCUUUGACUGAAGGGUGAGCCUUGGAAGUGACUUCAGUAGUGAGUUAAAAGGGUGUCCGGAGGCCAUGCUCUUGGGGUUUCUCCAGUCUGUCAGACCAGCAAGCCUGGUUUUUUUUUUUUUUUUGGUGAAUUUGAAUUUUGUUCCAUAUUCUUCUCCUUCUCUGUCUGGGACCCUCUAUUGUGAUCCCUGCCAGAGCAGUUGGUGGUGGUAACCGGGUACCAUCUAGUUGUUUGGGGCUCAGUGUGGUGGAAGUUGUGGUCCAUUAGUCAUUUAGACUAAUCUUUCCCUUGUGUCUUUGGUUUUCUUCAUUCUCCUUUGCUCCAACCAGGGUGGGACCAGUAGAUGUAUCUUAAAUGGCCGCUCGCAAAUUUUUAAGACCCCGGAAGCAACUCACCGUAGUCAGAUGUAGAACAUUUUCUUUAUAGGGAUGGGUAAUUUUGUGUGUGUGUGUGUGUGUGUGUGUGUGUGUGUUUUAGGUGAAAGUUUAUAGGUCAAGUUAGUUUCUCAUAAAAAGUUUAUACACACAUUGUUAUGUGACCCUAGUUGCUAUCCCUAUAAUGUGACCUCACAUUCCUCCUUUCUACCUGGAUUUCCUGUGUUUAUUCAACCAGCUCCUGUCUCUUUCUGCCUUCUCAUCUUGCCUCCAGACAGAAGCUGUCUGUUUAGUCUCGUGUAUCUACUUGAACUAAGAAGCAUACUUUUCAGUAGUAUUAUUUUACGUUUUAUAGUCCAGUCUAUUCUUUGUCUGAAGACUUGGCUUCGGGAAUGGUUUUAGUUCUGGGUUAACAGAGAGUCCAUGUCUUCCGGGGUUCCUUCAGUCUCAGUCAGACCAUUAAGUCUGGUCUUUUCACUAGAAUUUGAGUUCUGCACCCCACUUUUCUCUUGCUCCGUCAGGUACUCUGUUGUGUUCCCUGUCAGGGCAGUCAUUGGUGGUAGCCAGGCACCACCUACUUCUUCCAGUCUCAGGCUGAUGGAGUCUCUGGUUUAUGUGGCCUGUUUUGUCUCUUGGGCUAAUAUUUUCCUUGUGUCUUUGGUGUUCUUCAUUCCCCUUUGCUCCAGGUGGGUUGGGACCAAUUGAUACAUCUUAGAUGGCCGCUCACUAGCUUUUAAGACCCUAGACACCACUCACCAAAAUGGGAUGCAGAACUUUUUCUUAAUAAACUUUGUUAUGCCAAUUGACCUAGGUGUUCCUUGAAACCAUGGUCCCCAGACCCGCACCCCUGCUACACUAUCUCUUGGAGUGUUUGGUUGUGUUCAGGAAACUUCUUAGCUUUUGGGUUAGUCCAGUGGUGCUGACAUCCCUUGUAUUGUGUGUUGUCCUUCCCUUCACCUAAGAUAAUUCUUAUCUACUAUUUUAUCUAGUUAGUGAAUCCCCCUCCCCCUCCCUUCCCACCCUCAUAACCAUCAAAGAAUGUUUUCUUCUAUGCUUAAACCUUUUCUCGAGUUCUUAUAAUAGUGGUCUCAUACCAUAUUUGUCCUUUUGUGGCUGACUAAUUUCACUCAACAUAAUGCCUUCCAGAUUCAUCCACGUUAUGAGAUGUUUUGAGGAUUCAUUGUUGUUCUUUAUCGUUGCGUAGUAUUCCAUCAUGUGAAUAUACCAUAAUUCGUUUAUCCAUUCAUCCGUUGAUGGGCACUUAGGUUAUUUACAUCUUUUUGCUAUUGUGAACAGUGCUGCAGUGAACAUGGGUGUACAUACAUCUGUUUGUGUGAUGGCUCAUUUCUCUAGGAUAUAUUCCAAGGAGUAGGAUUGCUGGAUCGUAUGGUACUUCUAUUUCUAGCUUUUUAAGGAAGCACCAAAUCAAUUUCCAAAGUGGUUGUACCAUUUUACAUUCUCACCAGCAGUGUGUAACUGUUCCAGCCUCUCCACAACCUCUCCAACAUUUAUUAUUUUUUGUUUUUUGGAUUAAUGCUAGCCUGUUGCGGUGAGAUGGUAUCUCAUUGUAGUUUUGAUUUGCGUUUCCCUAAUGGCUAAUGAUUGUGAGCAUUUUCUUAUGUAUCUGGUAGCAGUCUGAAUGUCUUCUUUGGUGAAGUGCCUGUUCAUGACCUUUGCCCUGUUUUUAAUUGGGUUAUUUAUUUUUUUGUGAUUGAAAUUUUGUAGUAUCUUGUAGAUUUUAGAGAUUAGACCCUGAUCGGAUAUGUUGUAGCCAAAAAAAUUCUUUUUCCCAGUCUGUUUAUACUUUUGGUGAAGUCUUUGGAUGAGGGUAAGUCUUCGAUUUUUAGGAGCUCCCAUUAUCUAGUUUCUCUUCUGGUGUUUGUUGUCCCUGUUUUUUCUUCCAUGAUCUUUAUUAUUUUAGAUUUUAUAUUUAGGUUUUUGAUCCAUUUUGAGUUAGUUUUUGUACGUGGUGUGAGGUGUGGGUCUUGUUUCAUUUUUUUGCAGAUGGAUAUCGUUAUGCCGGCAUCAUUUGUUAAAGAAGCUCCUUUCCCCCAUUUAACGGACUUUGGGCCUUUGUCAAAUAUCAGCUGCUCUUAGGUGGAUGGAUUUACAUCUAGAUUCUCAAUUCUGUUCCAUUGGCCUAUGUAUCCGUUGUUGUACCAGUACCAGGCUGUCUUGACUACCGUGGCAGUAUGAUAGAUUCUAAAGUCAGGUAGUGUGAGGCCUCCCACUUGGUCCUGGUUUCACUUCAUCAGCCAUGACUGAACGGAUUGAUACCAAUUCAAAGCCCUGCCGCAAAGUUUACCCCUGGCCUUUGGUCAUGGGUUCUUUCACAUGCGUAACAUUUGCAAGUUUACUUCCCUCCCCCUGUGCAUUUGACCAUCGACAGUAUAAUCUCAGUCCAAGCAGUCACUAACAAUUAGUCCAAUCCACCAUAUGGCGAAAAUUUCUCCCAGGCCCAGGUCACUCUGGUUUGCUUCAGAUUUCCAUCAGACCCUGUCUGGUUCCACAGGCAGGUGUUUUCAGGGCUUCUCCCUUUCAGGCAUUGGCUGUAAUUGAGCUAAGAGUCAACGUGAUUCUUUUGCUCCAAAUCUCUGGAGAUAAUAACAUGAUCUUGGAUUUUCCCUGCUGCAUUACCCACAAGGCACAUUAGGCUUGGCCACUGUACCGGUCUAGAUUGCCAGCAGUAAUAUUAGUCCGGCAUAUAUCUCUCCCUCAGUCCACUCACUGACAAUUACAGCUCCUUAGGAAGCAUCCCUGCUUCCAUCACUCACAGCUAUAGACAUGCCAACGUCCUCUCCUACCCUCUCUUCCCCUGAUCCACCAGAAAAAGAUGAAUCUAUCCAGUGGGGAUUCUCCUUUGUCCCCUCUCAUGUUGAGUGUGAGCACACACUCGUGAAGGCGUGUAAGCCAGCCCUUCAUGCCUUUAACUCCCUGUUUUAGAUAACUAAUAUUUUAAUUGCCUGUUAUUACUCGGUGGAUAAAAGUAUGUUCUGUGGUCUGAAGAAGUACAACUUACCAGUCCCAAAUUGAUGCAGUCUUCUGUUCCAAUUCUUUUAUAGCAUUCAGAUCAUUUGAAUCUACCACUGGUUCAGCAAAGGCCAGUCCAGAGUAAAUGUAGUCUUCCAGGACUACCAGCACCAGUCUGACUGGCCACUAUGUGCAGGCCCUUCCACCCACGGGGAAUCUGCCCCAUAACUGUCUGCAGACUCUUGGCAGACAGGACAGUUCCUUUUGGCAUUUUGUACCUCAAAGGGUGCAAGAGGAAGAUGUCUAAAUUAAGCCCAUCUCUGCAUUGCUGCAUCUCUCCCAUUUCCGUUCUUUUCAUGGAGGACCUAGGUGGUCACCUCAAGCGAGCAUACCAGGCUAUCUACUUACCAGCUCCAAUUAACCUACAGUCCUGGAAAGAGGUUCUUCUGGUGGGCACGGAUAUUAAAGGGUCCUACUUUAAGGCACCCUUCAGAUUUCACACAGGCAUCUCUUUAAUAGGCCAGGUUUCCAUUGCCCUUUUGCCUGACCCUGUAGCUCAGCUGUUGGUCAUUGCCCGUGAGUCAGUCAGAACUCAUACAUGGGGGCAAACUGCAUGCAGUUCAGUCCACCAAGCUGACUUGUUUUACCUUCUUGACUCAGAGUCUUACCCUCUUCUGGUAAUUGUCUCUCGAAGGAAAAUCUCCUCGUCCAAAAUCACAGCAACUGUGGCUGGGCGAUGCUCACAGCCUUGUGGCGUAAGCCCCAAUUUAUUAUAACAAGCCACGUGGGCUUGGGCAAUCUUAGUGGUUCCCAUUUAGCAUAUCCAAUUAGUAUUAACUGAAGGGUGGACUUACAUUCCUGCUGUUGUGCAAAAUGCUUCCCAUUUAAACACAAUAUCCGUUUCCAUAAUACAUUCAGAAAAAGGAAAUACAACCACUUUACGUGAAGCCUGUUUAAAUAUUCCAUUUUUCAUCCAGUGUUCUCUCCCCCACCAACAAUUUUACUUAAACAUAUGCAUAUGGCCUUCUAUGCCUGGCUAGGGGUCCAAUCAGGAAGAUUCUGACCCUUUGUAAAUCAUCUUCAUUAACUUGUGGGACCUUUGCCCGAAUAAUUCUAGGUGGGACUUUUCACUGUAGUCUUCUCUUAAUAGCCUUCUGAAGAUUUCCACUCUACUGGGACGAGUCCCUUGACUCUCCCCUCUGCCUUUUCUCACUGUUUUCUUGGGAGUGAGCCUGGACCUCACUUUCUGUUCUUUCUGUAUAAUAUUUCCUUUGGAAAUGGCUCUGAGGCUCUUGGCUGUAUCUCGGGUUUGCCAGAAUCUAAGCUGAACUCAUCUCUUACUUUCAUUUUAGUUAUUACCAAUAAUAACCAAACCCACCCCCCCCAAAAAAAAUCAAACUCUUUGCCGUUGAGUCAAUUCUGACUCAUAGCGACCCUAUAGGACAGAGUAGAACUGCUCCAUAGGGUUUCCAACGAGCGGCUGGUGGAUUCAAACUGCCGACCUUUUGGUUAGCAGCCGAAUGUUUAACCACUGUGCCACCAGGGCUCCAAAUAACGAUCAAGGUGUUGUAUAUUUUGUUUUUUCCUUGUUACUUUCCAUUUCCUUGUGCAUAUAGUGAGCCAUCACCUUUAAGCUCCGUUGGUAACUUCAGCUUUCCGUCAUAUGUUGCAGUGCGGCCGCAGGUUACAAAGGCUUCCUGGCCCCCACCUGUUCAUUCCCUUGCUUCCAAAAUCCCAUGUCUGUGAAUCAGAGUCAUUGCAGCACAUUCCAUCCUCAUCAACCAUUGUCCCUGGUGGUGCACAGAGUUUGUGUGUGGCUGGUAACCAGGAGAUUGGUGGUUCAAAGUCACCCAGCAGCAUCACAGAAGGCCUGGCUAUCUGCUUCUAUAAAGAUUACAGCCACAAAUACCCUGUGGAGCAGUAAUGCUCUGAAACACAUGGGUCAUCAUGAGUUAACAUCAGCUCAGCAGCAGAAAAGAGCAAUAAGGCCCAGUCUCCCCAUUGCCCCUGAUUAUGUGGUAAGAUCAGCAUGAAUCCAUUCCCCAAAAUAUGGAGAGUGACCCAGUUCUCACCUUCCUAUUUCUCUAUCCUUGUCACCAGCUAUCCACAUGGAGCUCUCUAUUUGACCCUAGGCACCCAGAGCUGGGUAGAGCUCACAAGUUAGAAGGGCGCCAUUCUUCAGACCAGCCGCCCGUGUAGCCCUCCCCUGACCCACCUGAAGCUGGAUCAGGCCUUACACAUUGAAGAGGACGCUGUCCUUGGGUUCGAUAAUUUGCUGAAACAACUUACAGAAUUUCAUGCAAAGUAUAGUAUACUUAAAAUUAUAGAUUUAUUACAGCAAAAAGGGUACACAUGAAGUGACAUAUAGGGCAAGGUCUCGGAGGGCUCCUGACCUGGAGUAUCCAUGUCCCAAGGGAUACACACUGUCCUGAGAGACGAUGUCCUCAUCAGCCAGGAAGCUCAUCUGCGCCUCCCUGUUCAGGGCUCUUAUCAGCCUCCCCAGGUGGCCAUAACAGAUUACAUCAUGCCUUCUGAGGCUAGACAACAUUGGGCCCCCAGGUGGUCCCUCUUGGUCUAGUCAGCCCUCACUUGUUAGCCUCAGGUAUGAUCUGGCUGGAACAAACUGAGAACAAAGACCAAAUUGCUUUCUGCAAGCUGAUUCCACACCUUGCGAGUGUCUUUCUUUUUCUGCCCUGUAUGCUGCCUCCAAUCUGUUGAGAAAUGAAUUUUCACCAGACCCUCUCUUCCACGUCAGGAACAGGCGAAGACUCAGGUAGAAUACAGGGAGUAUCACACAGCCUGACCUUUGCAUGGUUCUGAGUUCUGACCUGUAUGAUUGCUAACAGCACUUGACAUCGCUAAACCUCUGUUUUCUCAUCUCUAGAAUGAGGAUGUUUUGUGAGUAUGUAUGGGAUAAUACUCUUAAUACAGGGAGGCACUGUAAUUACCCAGCUAAUAAAAUGACUUGAACAUAGUAAUAUAUUCAAUUAUUGCCCCACCUCAAAUUCUACUUUUAAAGUCAAGAACAUUUUUGCCCUCAAGGAAAUCAUGACCCACUUCUUCCCAAAAGUCACUGAGGGCUUGGGAGUGCCCUGUGUGUGUUCCAACACUGUACGCCCCUGGUUGUUUAUGGUGCCGCAGUUGGCUGUAUGUCCCUCCUUUGCCUCACCUCCUGUGUGAAAAUGAGUCGUCCCUGACCAUGGAAAAGAGUUCCUCAGUGAGGACAUACAGAGAAUUCACAACUGAGACCAUAGUGGAGCUGCUGGUGCUUGCCUUCCAGAAGAACAAUGUCUCCCAUAUCUCCACCUUCUGUGCACCCACCGAUCCUUCAGCACCACAGAACCAAGCUUUGACCUAUUAUUCCCACAGUAAGUACCCGCCCCUUUACAGCACAGUGCCACCUACUAGCUGUGUGUCACUUCACCUCUCUGAAUCUUUGUUCCUCUGAAGUGUAGGUAGGCGAGAGGACCCAUCUCAUAGGGUUAUUGUAAGAACUCGAUGGGAUAGGCCAUGGGAAGUGCUUACUCAGUGCCUACGCCUGUAGAAACAGCUGCUGCGGGGGCUGUGGUGGUUCGUAUUUAUUAUGUUCUACUCCUCCAGGAGUAAGAUCACUGCCUCACCCCUCACUGAUCCCAUGGCCUUGCCAAACACUUUUUCCCCAUUUAUAAAAGAGGUUUGAAAUCCCAUGUUGAGGUCCCUGCCACCAGAGCCGGGAUUUCUGAGGGCUAGAGAGGGACAGCCCACACACUCAGAUCUGUGGGAAGGCACUGACAGCGGCUCAUUAAUUCCUUUAAUAUAUGGUAAGCACCUAACAUGUGCAGGCGCUUUUCUUGGCCUUUAGCAUCAUUCCAUGAACAAAGCAGACACAGAUCCCUGCCCUCCUGGCCUUUCAUUCAAAUUGUGGAUCAGACAGUAACAGUAGGCAGGGCUUGGGCUGGACAGGCUGGACCUCAGUUUCCCAGGGCCCUUUCAGCCAGGACAGAGGGUGAGCGGGUAGAGGAGGAAGCAGAGGGACAGUCUGACUCUGCCGUGAUGCACCUACUUCCUGCCUCAGUGUCUCCAGGCCCUUCAGUCCCCCGGGCAGGCCCUGCAGGAGGCAUCAGAGCAAGAGUGUGUACAGCGGGGAGGGGAGCUGCUCAGUGGCUCCAGCACCUCCAGGCCCUCCAUGCCCAACAUCCAGUGCCUAUCAGCCCUUGCUUGUUCGAGUUGGGGGUGGCACCAGGGCGUCAGGGUUCACAGGAGCACAGAGCAGGUGGCAGCGUUUUCGGGGGCUGUGGGGGGCCAGAUGAGCAAGCGGAAGCUUUGGCGCAUUAUGUGAGCUCCUGUGUAGCAAGUUGGAGUCAGAUCUGUGCAGUGCGCAGGCCUGCAUAGAGCCCCGUGUGCGCACAUGGCCUUGGACAGGAGGCGUGGCACCUCCAUGAAGUGUCCCCCAGCGUCCACCUGUGUUAGGGAGGCCUGUCCACCAGUGGUCACUGCAAACUGCCCCCCCAGUCCAGUGUGGAGGGAGGCUGACACCAGGUCCUCACUGUGGGUGCACUUACACUGCUCCACCCCCACCUCCUCACUGUGCAGUGGGGGAAAUGAGGCCCAGAGAGAAGGCCCACAGCACACGAGGUGGGCAGAGUGCAGAGAAUCAGGAAGGGUUUUAGCCUCCUAGUCCAGACCUCAACUUCUCCUGGGAUUGCCUUUGGGAAUGAGAGCCCCUAAGGUGUGGGGGUCUGCUGCCUCACCCCUUGCCACAUUGGGACAUUUUCCUCUCAACAUCCCUACACGCUCAUAGGCACGAACACGAAACUCACAGGUGAGGACCAUGGAGAUGGGGUCAGAGGAGGAGCAGAUAAGGAGUAGGAAGUAGGAGGUGGGAAGAAUCUCUGCCACGGACAGUGGCAUGCAGUCUCCUAGCAAUGGGUCCAGGGGACCAUAGCAUGGAGAUGGGGGAAAGGCUAGGCUGAUGGGCAGGAGAGCCCAGAGGUCCCCAUGGGUCUGCCUGGGCUGGAGCACCAGCCUGAUGCUCUGAGAACCUGGAGCUAGGGUAAGCCUCUGCUAGUGUGAAGGGGGCAACAGGAAAGAAGGCCUCGGUUUUCUCCUCUAUAACUGGGUUCUGGAAUGGGUAACCCCAUGGGUUCCGCAGACUCAAAGAGGUGUCUGCUGGCCUUGGUUCUCCAUCGAUCACCAACGUCACUCCGUGGACCUUGGAAAAUGCUUUCUAGUCCUUGGAGGUCCAUCUGAGCAGAGAGAGCUUUGGGGCUGGGGGACAUGGGACUUGGGGUAGGACAGAGCAUGAGAGCACUGUGCCAUGAGUCCAGGUUCCAGGGCCAAGACCAAUCCUUGCUGGAACCUCAGGGUCUUCCUUUGGAUGUGGGGUCGGGGUCAUUGCCAUGGCUGUGGUGAGGAUGUGUCCUAUGUGAACUGGACACCCAGGGCCAACUGAGGGAAAGAGGAUGGCAAGGGAGAUUUCAAAGACCCCCACCCCGACCUUGGCAUCUGUAAGUCCUAUCCCUUUCUUUGCCCUGCUAAGGCCAAGGAGAGAAGCUGUCCUGAUGACACCUGAACAAGGUGUGUGUUUUGUGGUUUCUUGGCCUGGGGUUGUGUUGCUAGCACUGGCCACCAGGGGGCGAAUAGCCUCUACUCUCAGUGGUGGUCAUGUGCUUUGCUGGAGCAACAGAAGCAGGGAAGAGUCAUUCAGAGGUCAUUCUGGCGGUCUCCCUGACUCAGAACCAACUUGCACCCCUUUUUUUUAAGAUCUGCCCUCCACAGUCUGAGCUGGUCAGAGAUCGUCUCAUUUAUUCACCAACUAUGGGUUGGGAUAUGCUCUGAAUACUCACACAUGUUAUGCACUGGGUACGGUUCUAGAAAUGACUGACAUGGUCCCAGCCCUGCAGGAGCUCACAGUCAGGGAGGCGAGAAGGAUAAAGCAUGUGAACACAUGUGAAAGUAAAGAGCAAGUGUGAUAGCAAGAAUACAGCAAGAGAGGGAGGCCCAGUGGGCUACUAGGUGGGAAGUUCUGAAGGGACUCGCUGAGGUGACAUUUAUGCAGCAACCAGAAUGGCAAGAGGGUGCUAGCAGUGCACAAGGCUAGGAACAUGGUGACAGGGAGAAGGCACAGCUGGAGCAGAGACUCAGAGGCACACAUGAGUUUGUCCAGAGAAGAGGGAUGAAAGGUGGCCAGAGUGAGCUUGGGAAGAGGACGUGGGGACAAGAGGAGGACCGGGCCAAACCCUGUGGCUUGGUAGCCUGUAUUAUCGGUUGUUCUGUGACAGUGUUUCCCCAAAACCUAGUGGCUCAAACAACAAACAUAAAAUAUCUCACAGUUUCUGCUGAUCAGGAAUUUGGGCAUGGCCUAGCUGGUACUUCUGACUCAAGGUCUCUCAGGAGGCUAGGGCUGUGGUUUCAACCGAACCGUGACUGGGGACGGACCCACUUCUAAGCUCCCUCACGUGCUCUUGGCAGGUUUUGGUUUCUUGUGAACUGUUGGAUUAAGGGCCUGAAGUCCUCUCUGACUGUUGGCCAGGGCCCUCCCGUAGCUCUUGGCUACAUGGGCUUCUCCACAGGGCAGUUCAUACUAUUGUGCUGCUCCCCAGAGUAAAGGGUAGGAGAGAACAAGGGAAAGAAAGUGUAAGAUGAAAAUCCCGUGUAUUUUGCCCUGUUCUAAUUUUUAGAAGGUAGUCACUGAGUCCACGCCACACUUAACAAGUCGGCAAUGCACAGGGAUGUGUGUAGGAGGUGGGAUCAUUGGAAGCCAAUGUGCAGCCUGAAAUGAGGCAGUUGGAUCUGACUCUAAAUAUGAUGGAAGCCACUAGAAGCUUUUAUGCCAGAGGGCAAUGGUAUCCAGUUUGUAUUUAAGUUCAUCCCCCUCAUGGUGCAGACAGGGAUAUGAGACCAAGAGCAGAAGCAGUUUUCCCAAUGUCACAGCCCAGAACCCAGCCCUGUUUUGAGUUCUACUCCAUACUGCUUCCCACCACUGCUGGAAUUUUUCUAACUCUUAAGCACGUGCGUUAGCUACACAUGACAGCAGACCGUGGGUUUUAUAGAUGUUACUUCACGAACACCUGAUGAUGUCUCUAGAAAGUAGAUGCUAGCAUAAUCCCCAUUGUGCAGAUGUGGGCACUGGGGAGUCUUGAGAGGCAUAAUAGUUGUCAAGAGUCACAUAAUUGGUAAGGAGUAGCCAGGGUUGAAGCCAGCUCUGUCUGUUCAAAGCUGGGGCACUGACUGCACCUAGGUGUCCUGGAAGGCUGUAGGAAUCAUGAUGUUGUCUUACCUGUCUACAGAUACAGAGAUGGCAUGAGAGAGGAGUGUGAAACUCAGAGGCCUAUUGGGGAGGUCUUAUUCAAGGAGUAGGCCUAGGUAAGGGGACAUAGGAAGUGACCAUACUUCCUUGGUGAUAAUUCCAUCAGAACUUGGAACUCUAGUAACAAGGCACCACAUUGUAGAGAAAAACUCCCUACCCAGCUCACUUGGGCAAAGAAGCUCAAGAAAGCAAGAUGUUUUCUUGCUGCGUAUCAACUUCCAGAGGCAAUAAAACCAAAAAACCCAAACCCGUUGCCAUUGAGUUGAUUCCAACUCAUAGCAACCCUAUAGGACAGAGUAGAACUACCCCACAGAGUUUCCCAGGAGUGCCUGGUGGAUUUGAACUCCCAACCUUUUGGUUAGCAGCUGUAGCAGUUAACCACUACACCACCAGCAUUUUCUCCAGAGGCAACAGGCUCAGGAAAUCAUAGAGUGAGAAUAUUUUUCAACGAUUUGGACAUUGCCCCCCGCCCCCGAUCCUAGAGCCCUCAGGCCAAUUGACAGAAAGAACCCAAAAGGUAACACAGAGUGGACCAGGGAAGAUCAGUUCAUGCCUAGCCACCGCUGUGAUGCACCUAGGCACACAGCCCUCAUGGGGUCCCAGUUAGGUGGGCAGGUAGGAAAUACCUACCUAGCUAAUAAGACAGGUAGUGGUCAGAACAAGACAGGGUCCACUGGGGAAAGAGCUCCAUGGGGGACAGAGAAUUCCUGAAGGAGAAAUCAUGUGAUUUGGGGAGAUUCAUGAGGAGAGUUGUGAUGAUGAAAAUGAUGACAAUGGUGUUAUGCUUUAGGGAUUCCCUGUGUGUACUCCACGCCCUACCCUCCUAGUUGUUCAUGGUGCUGCAUCACAAUCUAUGUCUCCUCUUCGUGCUA